AUGUACGCACACGCACAUACACAGAGAGAUAGUGCAGUCAAAACCAUUUCACACCCCCACACCCUGACUACAACUACAACCCCAUCUACACGUUCUCCAACCCCAUCUUCACAUCCUACAAACCCCAUCUACACAUCCUCCAACUCCAUCUACACAUCCUCCAACCCCAUCUACACAUCCUCCAACCCCAUCUACACAUCCUCCAACCCCAUCUACACAUCCUCCAACCCCAUCUACACGUCCUCCAACCCCAUCUACACAUCCUCCAACUCCAUCUACACAUCCUCCAACCCCAUCUACACAUCCUCCAACCCCAUCUACACAUCCUCCAACCCCAUCUACACGUCCUCCAACCCAUCUACACCUCCUACAACCCAUCUACACGUCCUACAACCCCAUCUACACGUCCUCCUACCCAUCUACACGUCCUCCAACCCAUCUACACGUCCUCCAACCCCAUCUACACAUCCUCCAACCCCAUCUACACGUCCUCCAACCCAUCUACACGUCCUCCAACCCAUCUACACGUCCUACAACCCCAUCUACACGUCCUACAACCCAAUCUACACAUCCUACAACCCCAUCUACACUUCCUCCAACCCCAUCUACACGUCCUCCAACCCCAUCUACACAUCCUACAACCCCGUCUACACAUCCUACAACCCCAUCUACACAUCUACACGUCCUCCAACCUCAUCUACACGUCCUACAACCCCAUCUACACGUCCUCCAACCCAUCUACACAUCCUACAAUCCCAUCUACACAUCUACACGUCCUCCAACCCCAUCUACACGACCUCCAACCCCAUCCAAACAUCCUCCAACCCCAUCUACACAUCCUACAACCCCAUCUACACGUCCUCCAACCCCAUAUACACGUCCUACAACCCCAUCUACACGUCCUACAACCCCAUCUACACCUACACGUCCUCCAACCCCAUCUACAUGUCCUUUAACCCCAGCUACACGCCCCCCAACCCCAUCUACACGUCCUACAACCCCAUCUACACGUCCUCCUACCCAUCUACACGUCCUCCAACCCAUCUACACGUCCUCCAACCCCAUCUACACAUCCUCCAACCCCAUCUACACGUCCUCCAACCCCAUCUACACAUCCUCCAACUCCCUCUACACAUCCUCCAACCCCAUCUACACAUCCUCCAACCCCAUCUACACAUCCUCCAACCCCAUCUACACGUCCUCCAACCCAUCUACACGUCCUACAACCCCAUCUACAUGUCCUCCUACCCAUCUACACGUCCUCCAACCCAUCUACACGUCCUCCAACCCCAUCUACACAUCCUCCAACCCCAUCUACACGUCCUCCAACCCAUCUACACGUCCUCCAACCCUAUCUACACGUCCUACAACCCAAUCUACACAUCCUACAACGCCAUCUACACUUCCUCCAACCCCAUCUACACGUCCUCCAACCCCAUCUACACAUCUUCCAACCCCGUCUACACAUCCUCCAACCCCAUCUACACAUCCUCCAACCCCAUCUACACAUCCUCCAACCCCAUCUACACAUCCUCGAACCCUAUCUACACCUACAUGUCCUCCAACCACAUCUACACGUCCUCCAACCCCAGCUACACGUCCUACAACCCCAUUUACACAUCCUCCAACCCCAUCAACACGCCCUCCAACCCCAUCUAUAUGUCCUCCAACCCCAGUUACACGUCCUCCAACCCCAUCUACAUGUCCUUUAACCCCAGCUACACGUCCCCCAACCCCAUCUACACGUCCUCCAACCCCAUCUACACGUCCUCCAACCCCAGCUACACGUCCUCCAACCCCAGAUACACGUCAUCCAACCCCAGCUACACGUCCUCCAACCCCAUCUACACGUCCUCCAACUCCAUCUACACAUCCUACAACCCCAUCUACACAUCCUCCAACCCCAUCUACACGUCCUCCCACCCCAUCUACACGUCCUCCAACCCCAUCUACACCUACACGUCUUCCAACCCCAUCUACAUGUCCUCCAACCCCAGCUACACGUCCUCCAACCACAUCUACACGUCCUCCAACCCCAUCUACACGUCCUCCAACCCCAGCUACACGUCCUCCAACCUCAGCUACACGUCAUCCAACCCCAGCUACCCGUCCUCCAACCCCAUCUACACGUCCUCCAACUCCAUCUGCACAUCCUACAACCCCAUCUACACAUCCUACAACCCCAUCUACACAUCUACACAUCCUACAACCCCAUCUACACAUCUACACGUCCUACAACCCCAUCUACACGUCCUACAACCCCAUCUACACAUCCUACAACCCCAUCUACACAUCUACACAUCCUCCAACCCCAUCUACACAUCCUCCAACCCCAUCUACACAUCCUGCAACCCCAUCUUCACAUCCUACAACCCCAUCUACACAUCCUAA